AUGGUGUUGCCUUUUGUCGAAGUAUCUCAUCUGCCAUCGGCUACGUCGUUCUUCGCAUCCAUCCUCCAGCCCCUUGGACUUGUGUAUGUCAGUUCAGACAAUACAUCACAUUCAACACGUUCAACCCAGCAGUCAGUGUUGUUUGGCACGCCGGGCCGUCCAAUACUCGAAAUUCGCCAAGCCACGUCACAGGAAGCCGUAAACGGAGCAUCACGUCUUGUAUUCGCCGCCCCAACUAGAUCUGCAGUGGCCAGCUUCCGCCGCCGUGGGGCACAAGCAAAUCCAUUACACUCGCCGCAGUAUCAAGGUGUUAUCGAUGUUGAUGAGCUGUCCGUAAAUGGUAUUGACAGGGCCACGGUCACUGACAUGGAUGGUAACAAAAUCGAGGCCGUGUAUGAUAACCCUGGGCCUUUGGAAGUCACAAGAGGACCCAAAACGGGGACUCGUCAGCAACCUUGGGCAGGUGAAGUUGCCCGCGUUUUGGAGUGGAACCAAGGUCCCAGUAUGAGUAUGUCUUCGACAGGUUCUGGGGUAUUGGCCCAGUCUAGAUAUAACAAAGGGCAAUCGCCUCCUAUAAGGUUCAACGAAAAGGUCCAUCGUUUGGGGCAGGAUCCUUCGCAGGCCAUCUUAGAACGUGAUGGCGCUGCUUUACCAUCUUCCCAGCCCACGAACAAGCAAAUCGGGGGUCUUGGAAACGCGUCCACUGCAAUCAGCACGUCUACGGUCUUUGGGACACUUCUGGGCUUUGCCGCCGGGGCUAUUAUGACUUAUGGUGUGGUUUCCAGAGACACGGGUGAAUCAUCGCAUCAUCCAUCCAGCAGUCCACUUCCUCCGCUGGGGCGUGUCAUAUCAGAGCAGGAAAAUUUGGCAAAGGCCGGCAAGGGACACGAAGAGUCCAGUUCUACGCUCGAUGAUUGUCCUAGGAAGGUAAUCACCUCCCAGCACGACCUCCAGAACCGAGGUUCAUCUGGCCGACUUUUGCUGGAACAUGAAAUUCGAGCCAUGCGUGCACCGAUGACAAGACAGCCGUCUGGGGGCGGUUUAUCUCGAGUAAGACUGCCAGCGUCGUGUGGUCUUACGGGCCGUGGUUUGGCUAAGGCGAGCGUAUCAUCCGAUAUUGGACGUCAACGCCAUGAACCAGCCAACCCUUGCAACCGCGCAAGUGACAUGUUUGUCAGCGAUGUGGAAAUUGCAGCAGCAAUUGCCAGUGACCAUGUUGCUCCAAGCCAUACGACCCGAAAGACCCAACGAAGCAUAGCUUCAACUGCAGUGCCCUCGAGUGAACCACGAACAUUGCCAAUAUCACAGUUGCAAGUACCUUUGGGGGUUUCAUCGCCGUUGCCAACGGCGAUGUUCGAUUCUGAUCGGGAGACCUAUGUGUCUGCUCGGACUCAUGGGUCCUUUGCCUCCUUUGGUCAAGCAAUGCAGCAUGCCAACUCUAACCCAACAACAUUCGAGCUUUUCGGGGCCGGCCUGGGGGGGCCAUUAUCUUCAGGUCGUGAUCUGGAGCAUCGGAGUGCUGUUCGGAGUUGUAUCUCUGCCAGACGGGCUCCUUUGCCAAGGAGUACUGUCAGCAGCUAUGCAUCUGCUAGGGAUGUGCCUCUGCCAGCCAGUCGAGUGGGGUUAAGUCAUGCUAGCUGGACAGGCGACAGCGACAACAUCGCGCCCAGCGACAGCAUCAGUUGUGUUGGGCGAGAUAGGAGACAAGAAGACAUUUGCGGGUGA